GUCCUUGCAGAUGCCUUGAUCAAAGAUGGCGGCGGUGAAGUUGGGCACUUGCUGGCUCUUGGCUUCAAGAAUACACACAGGCCAGCACGUGAGGCGCAUGUGUUUGACCAAGAAAUGGAGCGGGAGUGGCUUGGGAUGUCAGAACCUUCUGCAACCAUCAACUUCGGUCUCCGUUGCCUUGAGAAGCAUGUUCAUUCAGACCCAAGACACACCCAACCCUAACAGCUUGAAGUUCAUCCCUGGAUGUACGGUGUUGGAAUCAGGUACCAUGGAGUUCUCAGCACCCAGAAGUGCCUUCUGUUCUCCUUUGGCCAGGCAGCUCUUCAGGAUUGACGGGGUGAAAGGUGUUUUCCUUGGGCCUGAUUUUAUAACCAUCACCAAGGUUGGCGAGGAGGUGGAUUGGAAGUUGCUCAAGCCGGACGUCUAUGCUGCCAUCAUGGAUUUCUUUGCGUCAGGACUCCCGAUCCUGACGGACGACGCUCCGCGCUCCGAUACAGCUGCUUCAGAGGAUGAUGAUGAAGUUGUGGCCAUCAUUAAGGAGCUGUUGGACACCAGGAUUCGGCCCACAGUUCAAGAGGACGGCGGUGAUGUGAUCUACAAAGGUUUUGAAGACGGAAUUGUCAAAUUGAUGCUGCAGGGUUCGUGUACCAGCUGCCCCAGCUCUGUCGUCACCCUGAAGAGUGGAAUACAGAACAUGCUGCAGUUUUACGUCCCAGAGGUGGAGGGUGUGGUGCAGGUUACAGAUGAAGAUCUAGAAGCCGACGUUUCGUGAAUGUUUGGUGACCACAGGGUGAUAACCCAACUGUGCUGCUUGUUGGUAAAUCGUCAUGCACCUUAACAAUUUAUUGGCACCUCUACUGGCUGCAACGCAUUGUGAAACAGAAUAAUAUAUGUUGCAAUAAAGCAUUUAAGCUUGAUUUUA